CCUUGAUGUUAGCCCUGUAAGACUGAUUUUAAGCAUCUGACCCCCAGAAUUUUAAUAGAAUAAACCUGUGUUGUUUUAAGCCACUAAAUUCAUGAUUUGUUACAGCAGCAAUGGGUAACUAAUACAAUCAGUAUUUAACUUGCCCUGAGGGUCUAGACUCUCCCCAAUUCCUUCUUUGUGCAUCUCUUGCUGCCCUGGCCCUUGCUGACCUCUUCCCACAGCUGAGUGGACCAGGGAUGGACAUAAUCUGAUUCUUUUCUUGGGAUUUUACACAUAAAAAGCAGAGGUCUGCAGGCCCACCUUCUCCACAAGGCACAGAAGGCACAGUGUAUGGGCCCACAGUUCUUCUGGGGGCUCAUGAAAAUGUCUGCUGCCCCUGGGGGCUAGGCUUUGGUUAGCCAGAUGGGAGGUAGUUCACUUUCAGUUCGUGUACUUUCACUUUAGAGUUACCUUUGUUCAGUGAGCUCAGACUCGGUGAGGGAGAGCCAGGCUUUCCCGAGAGGCAGUUCCUCCCCAUUGAACUUUGAGGACCCUCUCACCAUGCCAGCAAGGGGCCAAUUCCCCCUGAUAUGCCAGUCUGUGAAAAUCACGAAAGUCAUUGAGAUUCAGAACACCUGGAUUAGGACUCUGAAGAACCUGUUUACAGUGGGCGUCUUCGUCUACAUCUGCUUUGCUCUGGUGAGUGACAAGCUGUACCAACGGAAGGAACCUCUCAUCAGCUCUGUUCACACCAAGGUGAAAGGCAUAGCAGAGGUGAGAGAGGAGAUUUUGGAGAAUGGAAUAAAGAAGGAGGUGCAGAGGGUCUUCGACCCUGCGGAUUACACCUUCCUUUUUCAGGGGAAUUCCUUCUUUGUGAUGACAAACUUUCUCAAGACAGAAGGUCAGAAGCAGGGGCUGUGUCCUGAGCAUCCUUCCCGCAGGACACUCUGUUCCUCUGACCGCAACUGUAAAAAGGGAUGGAUGGACCCACAGAGCAAAGGAAUCCAGACCGGAAGGUGUAUAGUGUAUAAAGGGAACCAGAAGACCUGUGAGGUCUCUGCCUGGUGUCCCACCGAGGCAACGGAAGAGGCGCCCCGGCCUGCCCUCUUGACCAGUGCCGAAAACUUCACUGUGCUCAUCAAGAAUAAUAUUGACUUUCCUGGCCACAACUACACCACGAGAAACAUCUUACCAGAUUUAAACAUCUCUUGCACCUUUCACAAGACUCAGAAUCCACUGUGUCCCAUUUUCCGACUGGGAGAUAUCUUCCGAGAAACAGGAGAUAAUUUUUCAGAAAUGGCAAUUCAGGGAGGAAUCAUGGGCAUUGAGAUCUACUGGGACUGCAACCUGGACAGUUGGUCCCAUCACUGCCGUCCAAAAUACAGUUUCCGUCGCCUUGACGACAGGACAACCAACGAUUCCUCGUACAUGAGUCCAAGGAGUCCUGGCUACAACUUCAGGUACGCCAAGUACUAUAAGGAAAACAAUGUUGAAAAGAGGACUCUGAUGAAAGUCUUUGGGAUCCGUUUCGACAUCCUGGUUUUUGGCACCGGAGGAAAACUUGACCUUAUCCAGCUCAUCGUUUACAUCGGCUCAACCCUCUCCUACUUUGGUUUGGCCACUGUGUUCAUUGACUUCCUCAUCAACACAUACUCGAGUAAGUGCUGCCGAUCCCACGUGUAUCCCCAUUGCAAGUGCUGCGAGUGCUGCGCAGUCAAUGAGUACUACUACACGAAGAAAUGUGAGUCCAUUGUGGAACCAAAGCCGACGUUAAAAUAUGUGUCCUUUGUGGAUGAACUCCACCUCAGGAGGGUGGAUCAGCAGCUACUUGGGAGAAGCCUGCAAGAUGUCAAGGGCGAAAAAGUCCCAAGACCCUUGAUGGACUUUACAGAUUUGUCCAGGCUGCCGCUGUCUCUCCAAGACCCAACCUCCAUUCUGGGACAACCAGAGCAAAUCCAGCUGCUUAAUGCAGAGGCGACUCCAAGACCCGGCAAUAGCCCGGGCUGGUGCCAGUGUGGAAACUGCCUCCCGUCCCAACUGCCUGAGAGGCGCCGAAGCCUGGAGGAGCUGUGCUGUCGGAAAAAGCCGGGCGAUUGCAUCACUACCUCAGAGCCAUUCAGGAAGCUCAUCCUGUCCAGACGUGUCCUGCAGUUCCUCCUGCUGUACCAGGAGCCCCUGCUGGUGCUGGACGUGGAGUCCGCCAACAGCCGGCUGCGGCACUGCGCCUACAGGUGCUACACCACCUGGCGCUUCGGCUCCCAGGACCUGGCUGACUUCGGGAUCCUGCCCAGCUGCUGCCGCUGGAGGAUCCGGAGAGAGUUUCCCAAGAGUGAUGGCCAGUACAGUGGCUUCAAGAGUCCUUACUGAUGGCACAGGGCUGAGCCAUCAUUUUGACAACACCUUUGCUUACAGCUUGAGCUUUACCUGCAAAGAUUUGUGGCCAGAUUUUCAAAGGGAAAUGUGCUUUCCCCUGCUAUAGCUCUGUAUGUGUCAGAGCACAGAGACCUGGGUAAACACAUACACACACACCAGAAUCCCUCAGCAUGGACCAAGAGUCUGUCUCAAUUCUGUCCCCAGGGAGUUGUGUGAUCCCAGGCCUUGAGCCUCUGUACCUCAGGCACCUCCUUAUCCAAUCUACCAUCUCACAGAGAGACUGGGAGGAAAAACUGAGACAGUAUACAUGAACUUUCUUGUUAAUGCAUGAAGAGCUACAUGAAUACAAAGCAGCUCAUUAUGAGGUCAGACUAGGAUAAUGGCCAACUAUGAAGAAACCCUUUGGGUCCUUGUUGGAGAAUGUGGAGAAUCAAAAGUGACCACAAAUUCUUUGGCACUUGUCCCUCAGGACCUGAGGGUUAUGUCUCCUCCCCUUGUGUCUGGGCAGCUCUGAUUGCUUAUCCAACAGUGGAAGUGACACUGUGGCAGCUUCAAGGUCUCAGUCUUAAGAGGCUGGUAGCUACUCCCUGUCUCUUGACAUUCUUGCUGUGAAGGAAGCCAGCCACCAGGUGAAAGUCGGACUGUCCUGAGACUGCGCUGCUGUGAGGAAGCCCAAGCAGCCACGUGGAGAGGAGAGAUGCCCCACCAGUAACCCCAGCUGUCACACCAUCCAAGCCCCGUCACUAGAUGUGGGACAGAAGAAGCCUUCAGAUGAUGCCAGAGCCUGCUAACAUCUGACUGCAACUUCACGAGACACCUCAAGUGAGAGCUGCCCAGUGAACCCACAGAACAAAAUUGUUUCAAGCCACUGAGUUGUGGGUUGUUUGUUACACAGCAACAGAUAACUGAGACAAGAGAGCAAGCCUGCCUCGUGGGGCCACACACUCAGCCCAGACCUUCCCUGGUUCUAAGGUUCUUAGGGAACCUGGAGCACCUCUGGAGCCCAGGUUUCUAUUGGGCAGUUCUAGGAGGGCUGCAGACCAAAUCAGGUACCGCACCAGCCCAGCCCUGGAAUCCCAUCAAAUCUAACUGCCGAGCUCCCUGAUACAUGCCAAUCUCAUCACAUUUCUAUUGACUGGAAGUAACCACUACUGUUCAAACUGGAAAAGCCCGCCUUUAUGCCUUUAACAUCCUCUACUUUGCAGCCAAUUAGAGUGGAUACAGUCGGGAUGCUACUUAAAAAGCAACCCACACCCAAACCCUUACCAUUUCUAUACAUCAACCGCUAAGAAUAUGAAAAUGUUGCAGGUUUGAGGAUCCUCCUCCAGGAUUUCCUUUUCAUGGUUUUGGAACUAGAAUGGAUUAUUUCUAAACAACUGUUUUAAAGAAGAAAUACAGGCCAACACUGUGACUUCAACACUGUGACUGAUGAAGGAUCUGUUUUUCAUACAUACUCUAAGAUUUACCAUUUUGAUACUUUUUAAAAACCAGCAGCUUUGAACUGUAUUAAUGUAAACUAAGAUGAACAAAACCCAUCUUUUUGUGACCCAGGAUUUUAUCUGGCUUUCAACUCAGGAAUCAAGUUAACUGGGCCAGACUGAACUUUCAUUUUUACUACCUUUCCGAGAUAUUUUUGAAAAGUGGAUUAUAUAUGACUUCUUCAGAAUUGAAAUUCUUACUCCUAGAAUUCUAGGUAAUGGCUACAGAUUUCCAUUCUGAUGGUCUCUGAGCCUUUAAACCUUUAUUUUUUUGGUGCUUAGUACUGGCAUGUUUCUAUCACCUUGUAGAGGCCCCAGAUGGAGUCAGAAUUUGCAAUGACAAAUAAUCACUGGAU